GGGAGAGCAGCUUAGUUGAGCAGUGUUGGCGGCGGGAAAGGGGCUGCUUUUGGCUGAGUCCCGGAGAACGGUGGCGGCCGGAGGUGUGGAGAGAGAUCAGCAUUGAGUGAACCUCUUGACCAAAAGCAAUGUCCACCCCCGAUCCGCCUAUGGGCGGCACCCCUAGGCCUGUCCAGUCCCCUGGGCCAGGCCCUUCCCCUGGUGCUAUGCUGGGCCCUAGUCCUGGGCCAUCUCCUGGAUCGGCACACAGCAUGAUGGGACCAAGCCCUGGGCCACAGAUUCCCCCUCAAGGACCCAGCGGAUAUCCUCCUGAAAACAUGCACCAGAUGCAUAAGCCCAUGGAGUCCAUGCCUGAGAAGCCGAUGCCGGAUGACCCCCGUUAUAACCAGAUGAAGGGUAUGGCUAUGCGGCCUGGUGGUCUUUCUGGAAUGGGGCCUCCACCGAGUCCGAUGGACCAGCACUCACAAGGUUACCCCUCACCCCUGGGCAGCUCUGAACAUGUACAAAGCCCCGUGCCCUCUAAUGGCCCACCCUCCGGACCUCCAAUGCCAUCUGGUUCCGGAGGGGUGAACAUGGAGAACGCAGACCCUCAGCAGCAGCAGCCGCCACCGCCGCAGCAGCAGCCGCCCCAGCAGACGAGCCGCAGCCCCACGCCGUUCAAUCAGAAUCAGCUGCAUCAGUUACGGGCACAGAUAAUGGCGUACAAGAUGCUGGCCAGAGGGCAACCAAUACCCGAUCAACUACAGAUGGCUGUACAAGGCAAGAGGCCUAUGCCAGGCAUGCAGCCACAAAUGACAACACUACCUCCACCUUCAGCUUCCGGGACUGGACCUGUGCCUGUCUCAGGGCCAGCACCACCCAGCUACAACAGACCUCAUGGAAUGGCUGGACCAGCCAUGCCGCCUCCAGGACCUUCGGGUGCUCCUGUAAUGCCAGGUCAUCCCCCAGGUGCACCACCUAAACCUUGGCCUGAAGGUCCCAUGGCCAAUGCAGCAGCUCCAGCCACUGCACCUCUGAAGCUGAUUCCUCCACAACCAACUGGUCGCCCUUCUCCUGCACCUCCUUCAGUGCCACCUGCUGCUUCUCCUGUCAUGCCACCCCAGACCCAGUCACCUGGUCAGCCAGCCCAACCUCCACCUAUGGUCCAGUAUCAUCCCAAAGGCAACCGUAUCACUCCUAUCCAAAAGCCCAGGGGCCUGGAUCCUGUGGAAGUGCUACAAGAGCGUGAAUAUCGACUUCAGGCCCGAAUUGCACACAGGAUCCAGGAACUGGAGAACCUCCCAGGGUCUUUAGCUGGUGACCUUAGGACCAAAGCUACUAUAGAACUAAAAGCUCUUAGACUCCUAAACUUCCAGAGACAGCUCCGACAAGAGGUUGUAGUCUGUAUGAGGAGAGACACCGCCUUGGAGACGGCUCUGAAUUCCAAGGCUUACAAACGCAGCAAACGCCAGUCUCUACGUGAGGCCAGGAUCACAGAGAAACUGGAGAAACAGCAGAAGAUUGAGCAGGAACGCAAGAGGCGGCAGAAGCACCAGGAAUACCUAAAUAGCAUCCUCCAGCAUGCCAAGGACUUCAAGGAGUUCCACCGCUCUGUCACGGGGAAGAUCCAGAAACUGACCAAGGCUGUGGCCACGUAUCACGCCAACACCGAGCGAGAGCAGAAGAAGGAGAAUGAGAGGAUCGAGAAAGAGAGAAUGCGUCGUCUCAUGGCAGAAGAUGAAGAGGGCUACAGGAAGCUGAUUGACCAGAAGAAGGACAAGCGCUUGGCCUACCUCCUGCAGCAGACGGACGAGUACGUGGCAAACCUGACGGAGCUGGUGAGGCAGCACAAGGCGGCCCAGGUACUAAAGGAGAAGAAGAGGAGGAAAAAGAAAAAGACACUGGAGAACGCAGAAGGACAGCAGCCUGCACUUGGGCCUGAUGGUGAGCCUUUGGAUGAGACCAGUCAGAUGAGCGACCUUCUGGUCAAAGUUAUCCAUGUAGAGAGCGGAAAGAUCUUAACCGGUGCAGAUGCUCCGAAGGCAGGACAGCUGGACACCUGGCUGGAGAUGAAUCCUGGAUAUGAAGUUGCGCCGAGAUCAGACAGCGAGGAGAGCGGAUCGGACGAGGAAGAGGAGGAAGAGGAGGAGGAGCAGACAGCGCCCCCUGUGGCCAGUUUACCUGCAGUGGAGGAGAAGAAGAUUCCUGACCCAGAUAGCGAUGAGGUUUCGGAAAUUUAUGCUCGAGAGAUUAUCGAGAGUGCCAGGCAGGAUGUGGAUGACGAGUACAGUAUAUCGCAGGCAGAGGCCGGCCUGCGGUCCUACUACGCUGUGGCGCAUGCCGUGACUGAGAGGGUGGACAAGCAGUCUACUCUGCUGGUGAAUGGCAUCCUCAAACAGUACCAGAUCAAGGGUCUGGAGUGGCUCGUCUCUCUGUAUAACAAUAACCUGAAUGGGAUCCUCGCUGAUGAAAUGGGUCUGGGGAAGACUAUUCAGACCAUUGCUCUGAUUACAUACCUCAUGGAACACAAGCGCAUCAAUGGACCCUUCCUCAUCAUAGUGCCACUGUCAACACUGUCUAACUGGGUUUAUGAGUUUGACAAGUGGGGGCCAUCAGUGGUCAAGGUGUCAUACAAGGGGUCUCCUGCUGCUCGCCGCGCUUUUGUUCCUACGCUCCGUAGUGGCAAGUUUAACGUUCUCCUCACUACAUAUGAAUACAUUAUUAAGGACAAGCACAUCCUGGCCAAGAUCCGCUGGAAGUACAUGAUUGUGGAUGAAGGUCACCGCAUGAAGAACCAUCACUGUAAGCUGACACAGGUCCUGAACACCCAUUAUGUCGCCCCGCGUCGCUUGCUGCUCACCGGGACUCCCCUGCAGAACAAGCUGCCGGAGUUGUGGGCUCUUCUGAACUUUCUGCUGCCAACCAUCUUCAAAAGCUGCAGUACGUUUGAGCAGUGGUUCAACGCCCCCUUUGCAAUGACUGGAGAGAAGGUGGAUUUAAAUGAAGAAGAAACCAUCCUGAUCAUUCGUCGUCUUCACAAGGUCCUACGUCCCUUCUUGCUGCGGAGGCUCAAGAAGGAGGUGGAGGCUCAGCUGCCAGAGAAGGUGGAAUAUGUGAUCAAAUGUGACAUGUCUUCGUUACAAAGGGUCUUAUACAGACACAUGCAGGCAAAGGGCAUCCUCCUCACGGACGGAUCAGAGAAGGAUAAGAAGGGUAAAGGUGGUACUAAGACCCUCAUGAAUACCAUCAUGCAGCUUAGGAAGAUCUGCAACCACCCGUACAUGUUCCAGCACAUAGAGGAGUCCUUUUCUGAACACUUGGGUUUCACAGGAGGCAUUGUGCAGGGGCAGGACCUCUACCGGGCCUCUGGAAAGUUUGAGCUACUUGACCGCAUCCUUCCCAAGCUCCGAGCCACCAACCACAAAGUUCUGCUCUUCUGUCAGAUGACAACACUCAUGACAAUCAUGGAAGACUACUUUGCUUAUCGUGGCUUUAAAUACCUCAGAUUAGAUGGAACCACGAAAGCAGAAGACCGUGGUAUGUUACUGAAGACGUUCAACGAGCCGGGAUCAGAAUACUUCAUCUUUCUGCUCAGUACUCGUGCCGGUGGCUUGGGUCUCAAUCUGCAGUCUGCGGACACGGUUAUCAUAUUUGAUAGUGACUGGAAUCCACAUCAGGAUUUGCAGGCCCAGGAUCGCGCUCAUCGCAUUGGACAGCAGAACGAGGUACGUGUGCUGCGCUUGUGCACAGUGAACAGCGUGGAGGAGAAAAUUCUGGCGGCAGCCAAGUACAAGCUGAAUGUGGACCAGAAAGUCAUCCAGGCUGGAAUGUUCGACCAGAAAUCCUCCAGCCACGAGAGGAAAGCCUUCCUGCAGGCCAUCUUGGAGCAUGAGGAGCAGGAUGAGGUGAGGGGCGGCAAGAUGGAAUGUGAGCUCCAGGUCACCCCUACGGAUGAGAAGGGAAUGGAGGAAGAUGAGGUACCGGAUGAUGAAACGGUCAAUCAGAUGAUUGCAAGAAGCGAGGAGGAAUUUGAUUUGUUUAUGAGGAUGGAUCUAGACAGGCGACGAGAAGAAGCCCGAAAUCCAAAACGCAAACCCCGAUUAAUGGAGGAGGAUGAGCUUCCAUCCUGGAUCAUUAAAGACGAUGCUGAGGUUGAGCGCCUGACAUGUGAAGAGGAGGAGGAGAAAAUGUUUGGUCGUGGGUCCCGUAACCGGAAGGAAGUGGACUACAGUGACUCCCUCACAGAGAAGCAGUGGCUGAAGGCCAUUGAGGAAGGUACGUUGGAGGAGAUUGAGGAAGAGGUACGUCAGAAGAAGACCACCCGUAAGCGGAAACGAGAUGUGGACCCCGGGACCUCAACUUCCAUUAUACGACACAAGGAGAAGGAGGAUGAUGGCAGGAAGAAAAAGAGAGGACGACCUCCGGCAGAAAAGUUGUCCCCCAAUCCUCCCAACCUGACCAAGAAAAUGAAGAAAAUCGUAGAUGCAGUCAUCAAAUAUAAGGACAGUGGCAGUGGACGCCAGCUGAGUGAAGUUUUCAUCCAGCUUCCAUCCCGUAAAGAACUCCCAGAGUAUUACGAGCUGAUCCGGAAGCCGGUGGACUUCAGAAAGAUCAAGGAGAGGAUCCGGAAUCACAAGUACCGCAGUCUGAAUGAUCUGGAGAAGGAUGUUAUGCUGCUCUGUCAGAACGCACAGACCUUCAACCUGGAGGGGUCUCUGAUCUAUGAAGACUCCAUCGUGCUGCAGUCAGUCUUCACAAGUGUUAGGCAGAAGAUUGAGAAAGAAGAGGAGAGUGAGGGGGAUGAGAGUGAGGAAGAUGAGGAGGCAGAGGAGGAAGGGUCAGAAUCUGAGUCUCGCUCAGUCAAGGUGAAAAUUAAACUGGGACGUAAGGAGAAGAUGCAGGAGCGUAUGAAGGGGCGCAGGCGCACCAGCCGAGGUUGCAGGGCCAAGCCUGUAGUCAGCGAUGAUGACAGUGAAGAGGACCAAGAAGAGGACCGCUCUGGAAGCGGCACCGAAGAAGACUGAUACCGAACAUUCCAACUUAUCGCUCAUGUCUCAUUCCACUGCGUGCCACCUGAACGCCUAUUCCGCCACCUCCCCCCUUCACCCUCUUCUCUUUCCGUAGGACGCUAACGGGUAGCCUGAAAUGUAGUGAACUGUACAAAAAUAAAAUUCUUCCAUAUUUAUAUAAGUGUAGGGAAGUGUCCGCCUGUAGCAUCUUCUAAAAGCAUUAACUAUCUGGCCGCGCCACUAGGCCUCUCAGGAUAGGUUAAGAGGAAUCUGACUUUUAAUUAUAUAUAAAUAUAUAUAUUUUUUUUUUUAUUAUGGCAGUACUGUUUGAGUUACAGUAUGGGAAUCACUGUAGUGUCAGCCGUGGAUGCAUGCAGGUAGCAAUCCACUCAUUAGUACUGUAUUUUACAAAAAAACAGGUCAAAAUAAAAGCCGCGUCCCCCUCCCCCCUUCUCGCACUGCACAGGGAGGGGCCCGGCAGUGGUAGCUGUAUGUAUGUGUGUCAGUGUCACUGGAUUUCAAACAGUUAUAAAUUAAAACCAGAUGAAAUACCUCGCCCAGUUUGACUUGUAUCUUUCUGUACACAUUUCCUUUUUUUUUAUGUCUUGGGACAAAAUUUAAAUAAAAUGAUGAAGU